AUGAAACUGCUGGCUGCAUUCGGCCUUUUGGCCAUCGCCCUCGCUGCGUCCUCCCGUCAAUGGGAAGAACGAUCGUUCAACAAGGGAAACACCUACGAGUUCGAGUGGAAGGGACAGAUCGUCUCGGGCGUGCCCGUGAAAGGAUCCUCGUCUCAUUCCCUUCAACAAAUCCACUCAAAAGUCUUCAUCACUGUCAACGAGAAACACUCGAUUCUCCGUCUCGACAAUGUCAAGCUUACCAAUGGCCACAAGCAGCUCACCGAGCCACGCAUCAUCUCUGAGGUGUCGCUCGAGGAGUCGCAAUUGACCUCCGAGCAACGCGAGCAGAUCAAGCUUCCAAUCCGCUUCCGUUACCACCAAGGAAUCAUCUCUGAGAUCGUCUUCUCGGAGGAGGAAUCCGCCUGGUCGGAGAACAUCAAGCGCUCCAUUCUCAACAUGCUCCAAGUUCAAAUGAGCCCACGCAAGACCCAAGAGGAGUACAACACGAAGACCGUCUCCAACAACAAGUUCUUCACCGUCACCGAGCGCACCCUCGAGGGUGAGUGCGAGGUCGCCUACACAAUCGUCGAAUCGGAGAAGAACCGCGAGGAGAAAGAGAUCACCAAGUCGCUCAACUUCGAGAAAUGCCCCAAGCGUAUUGAUAUCCGCUAUGGACCCCGUUACUCCGCUGAGUGCUCCAUGUGUGAGGCCACCGAUGCUCGCCCUGAAUCUCAAACUGUCAUCAGCUACAAGGUUCGCGGAGAGGAUGAGGAGCGUUUCCUUAUCACCGAGGUCGAGCUCAAGUCCGAGUACGUCUUCUCCCCCUUCUCGAAGGAUCAAGAGAUGCUCGCCACCUACGUCCACCAAAAGAUGCGCCUUGUCAACAUCAAGUCGGCUGAGCGUGUUGAGGAGCCCCGCAACGGAAAGAAGUCUUCCCUUCUCUACAACUACGAGAUGGAAUUGGCCCGUGAGAAGUUCUGGAUGAACGGAGACGAGCAAUCCUACACACUCACCGGAUUCGCCGGAGUCCCCAAGAAGGAGCUCAUGGACAAGUACAUCCGCCUCACCCUUGCCUCGAUGGAGGAGUCCGAGAAAGACGGAGUCACCCUUGAGACAAACCACAACUUUGCCCGCAUCGUCGAGGUCUUCCGCAUGUGCACUGAGCGUGAGAAGGUCAUCUAUGAUCGCCGUCAACCACUCGUUGUCCGCCAAGCCGCCGUUGACUCUCUUCGCAUGCUCCGCGACCAGAUGCCCCGCAAGGAGCAACUCAUUGAGAAGAUCGUCCGCUCUGAUUCGUCGAUCUCUUCAUCCGAGAUGAUCCGCAAGAUCGCCAAGGGAUUCCGUUUCGAGGGAGUUCUCUCUGGAUACGUCUACGAGCACGUCCGCAUCGUCCCAACCACCCUUGGACUCCCACUCCAGGUCACCUCCAAGCUCCCAACCGUCGCCCACAUCAAGGCCCACAUCAAGGCUGAGAUCUCCCCGAAGAUGUCUCUCCGUGUCGAGAUGGAGCCCUCGUUCGUCUCCACCCAUGUCACCGAAAUGACGGUCUUCUCCCCCGAGAUGGACAUCGGAUCCCGUGUCUUCCACUCGAUCCAAUCAACUCUUCCAAUCCACGGACAAGUCGAGUACAACGAUGAGAAACAACAACUCAAGGCUGUCCUCCGUCUUCCCAAGGAGGAGAAACGUGUUCUCCUCGUCGAGUCUCGCCCAACCACUUUCGUCCGCUCAUUCAACAACAAGCAAGUGCCAGUUCUUGAGGAGAAGACCAUCCGUAUUCCAUCGUUCGAGAAGACCUCUGUCCACUACGAGAAAUCCUACGGAGAGGAGCACUUCGGUCUCCGCACUGAGGUCAUCGGAUCCGUCCACCGCCACGUCUUCGACAAGAAGACCCCCGAGUCGAUCCUCUUCGGAGAGAACCACGUCCAGAUUGUCCUUAUCCCCACCGCCGAGUCCGUGAAAGAGAUCGUCCUCGAGGUUGAGCCCAAGUACACCAAGAUGGCCUCAUCCGAGUACGAGUCACCCCGCUACGAUGAGAUCUUCACUGAGAAGGAGUUCGAGAAGGAAAUCGAGUGCGAGUUGAAGCAAGAGAAGAUCGUCUGCAAGGUUGAUGGACGCCGUGUCGAGGACGAGGAGGCUCUCUACGAUAUGGGAAUCAAGCUUAUCGGAGAAUCAUCAUGCGAGAUCACCAUCCCAAAGAUGACCAUCCGUUUCGAUGGAUACAAGGUCGAGAUCAAGGCUGACAAGCGCACUGAGAACACCCAAUGCGGACUUUGCGGACAUUUCGAUGGACGCCGCGACAACGAGUUCCGCCGUGCCGACAACGAGGAGACUGAAGACAUCGAGGAAUUCCACCGCUCGUGGCUUCGCCGUGACAACGAAUGCGAGGUCGAGGAGUCGAAAUUGAAGGAGAAGAAGAACUACGGAGUUGAGUCUGAUGAGGAGGAACGCUACGAUUCCGAGGAAUCUUUCUGGAAUCCCCGUCAAGAUUUCGAGGAGGAGAACAUGGGAGAGAAGCGAUCACGCAAAAUGCUCAAGAAGAACCUCAAGAAGCACAUCAGCCGCAAGAACAUCCGCAACGAGGAGGAGAACACCUACGAGCCCGAAAACGAGAUCGUGAUGGUUGAGCGUGAGGGAAAGACCUGCUUCUCGAUGGAGGAACAACCCAAAUGCCAGCCAGGAGAUGAGCUCAUUGAGACCGAGAACCGCAAGGUGAAAUUGGCUUGCCUUCCACGCUCGGAUCGCCGCACUCGUCGCAUUGUGAACGGCCUUAAGCGUGGAGAGGAGUCGAUCAUGGAGGAGAUUCGUUCCCUUCCAAUGUCUCUCACCGAUCGCAUCGAGUUGCCCAAACUUUGCCGUGUCUAC